UUUUGAUCGAUCUUUCUUUCCCAAACUUUUCUUUUUUCCUUUCUCUUUCUUUGGAGCAAAAUCUAAAUGGUGUCAGCUUCUGCUUAAGAAAUGUGAGAAUGGUUUCUUUGGGGUGUGUUAGUUACUGCACUCUCUAACUAACAACAACAACAACAACAAAAAUUCAAACCCACUAUUAACUAAUAUUAAAAGAACAGCAAGAAGAAGCUGAAGAUAGCUCACUAACUCACUCACUCAGUGUCUCAGCUCUGUAUAAUACAUGGGUUCGGAGCAAAAUAGAUUCCCUCAGCAAGAACGGCGAAAGAGAUGGGCAGGAUGUUGGAGUGCAUUGUCUUGUUUUGGUACGCAGAAAGGUGGAAGGCGUAUUGUACCUGCAUCUCGUAUUCCUGAGGGAAAUGCAGCCGCAACCCAGCCAAAUGGACCUCAAGCGGCUGGGUUGACCAAUCAGGCUACCGCACUAGCUCCAUCUCUACUUGCCCCACCGUCGUCACCAGCAUCCUUUACGAAUUCUGCACUCCCUUCAACAGCUCAAUCACCCAGCAGUUUCUUGUCAUUAUCUGCCAACUCACCUGGAGGUCCUUCAUCCACAAUGUAUGCCACUGGGCCAUAUGCCCAUGAAACACAGCUCGUUUCUCCUCCUGUUUUUUCAACCUUUACAACUGAGCCAUCUACUGCUCCUCUCACUCCCCCACCAGAGUUGGCUCACCUUACCACACCCUCUUCUCCAGAUGUGCCUUUUGCUCAGUUCCUCUCAUCUUCAGUGGAACUCAAAGGCACUAAUAAGACCAAUUACAUGGGUGCAAACGAUCUUCAAGCAACAUAUUCACUUUAUCCAGGAAGUCCUGCUGGUAGUCUCAGAUCACCAAUGGGAUCCUCGUUUCCUGAUCGGGAGUUUACCACACAAUGGGAUCCUUCAAUUUCUCCCCAAAAUGGCAAAUAUCCAAGGAGUGGUUCUGGCAGGCUAUUUGGGCAUGACACGACCAGUGCCUCCAUGGUGUCUCAAGAUUCUAAUUUCUUCUGCCCAGCUACAUUUGCUCAAUUCUAUCUGGAUCAUAAUCCACCAUUUCCUCAUACUGGCGGGAGGUUAAGUGUGUCCAAGGAUUCAGAUGUUUAUCCUUCUGGUGGAAGUGGACAUCAGAACAGGCACAAUAAGAGCCCCAAGCAAGAUGUCGAAGAAAUAGAAGCUUACAGAGCAUCCUUUGGGUUCAGUGCAGAUGAAAUUAUUACUACCACCCAAUAUGUGGAGAUAUCUGAUGAUGUAAUAGAGGAUUCAUUCACCAUGACUCCUUUUACCUCUAAUAAACUACCCAUGGAAGAAAAUACAGAACAUGCAUCAGUGAUUGAAGGACUGAAAGCUCAGAAAACACAAACAAACUUGUGGAGUCAAAAAAGCCUUGAUGAGGGUGUAUACUGUGAUGUGCCAGUGUUAUGCAAUGGCCAUGAAGAUAAUAAAUCACGGAGACAACCUAGCAAUCUCUCUGGAUCAAGUACACCCGGUACUCUGACUGAUGAAGAGGACAUAUAUUCGAAGAUGGAGUUAUCCAAAAAGGGUAGCAGAAAAUACCCGCUGGGUUUGUCUUGCUCUGAUGCAGAAGUUGACUAUAGGCGAGGAAGAAGCGUAAGAGAAGGCAGAGGAGAUUUUGCCUGGCAUUGACUGAGAAUCAGUUCAAAAUAGGUUGUCAGUUGUUUCCGAUGUGAAUUAGUUUGCAGGUUUCUUUGGUCAUACACUUUUGUUUGGGGUUCUCUGUGAUAGAUGGAAUGGUCUAACCUAUGAUCUAACCUGUUCUCUCUCUCUCUCUCUCAGGUGUGUGACGUGAUCUUUCUGAUUGAUGAAUGUAUCUCUAUGUUCCUAUUUCCUGUUAAGUUACAUAGGUGGCGCAUCUAAUUAUGUGUAUUUGGUGAAUGCAACUGGUUUAAGUCAUUUAUACUAUGGAACAACUAUUGCAACAUCAGUUUAGCUGAUGUUCUGGAGUA